UUUCUCCCAAGAUUUACACUGACUCCGACACAACCAAAUCCCAUAUUCCUCUAUCUACACGCCCAGCGCAAGUCGCAAAAUCCGAAAAUGGACGACUCCGAAGCAGUUUACGACGAGAUCGAAAUCGAGGAUUGCACAUACGACGAAGCCAUGCAGAUCUACCACUACCCGUGUCCAUGUGGCGACAGAUUCGAGGUUUGCGUCGCAGACAUGCGCGACGGCGAGGAAAUCGCACGAUGCCCCAGUUGCAGUCUGACGAUACGGAUAAUAUUCGAUCCAUCCGAUCUCCCUCCAGAACCGACAGAUGCCUCCCAACCCGUCGCGAUUAUCGCAUAGAUUCGUGCGCAUUAUUUCAAACGUAUCGAAUGUUGUCAAAAUUUCCAUUAUCAAAGCGCUUGGGCCGGCCUGGAAGAAAGGCAGUUGGGUUGGCUUCGAAAGUUUGUUGAAAGAUUUAUAUAUUUGCAUAGUUGGGAAAGCAUGGAUCACUGGCGUUUGGGGGAAAUAUGGAGACAAGUGCGGCCGCGGCCUACUCGUACUAUUUCGAUAUAUAUCGAGGAUUCAACGAAGAAUAAAGAAUGUCACAUUUACGCGUGGUUAGAGAGCUAUUCGAUCAUAUUCGACCCCGAAUCGUGGGUACCUGUG